GCGUUUAGUUUAUGCCUCAAUCCAAGGAACCGGAAGUCACGUGCAUGAGAAAUAUUGAGCCGCUAAGCUUCCGGUCCGUAUACAUUCUUCUCGCCUCAUCUUGCACAUCGCUUGACCGAUUCACGUUAGCCGAUAAAUUGUAAAGACUUGAUAUAUGAUAGUAUAAAGGAAAGGAUUUACAACAUUUAUAUACGGAAAUAAUGGCGGCGACAAUGAGGGGUCUUAUGAGGCUUAAUGUAAAAUUGGCCAGCAAUAUCGUACUGAAACACAACUUCCUAAACUCAUGUAGAUUCAUAUAUUCUGAAAAAAGUUUGGGUCUACAAGGCUAUGAAAAUGCACGUUUAAACUUUCGCAAUCAAUUUUUAAAUGUGGAGAAUACAUUCCGUACUAAAAUGCAGGAGGUAUGCAACUCAGAGUCAGGUCAGAUUUUCACAGAAGACCUGAAGUCCAUGUUGCACUUAGCACAGAAAAAGCCCGAAGAUAUUGAACUACUUGUCAGGAUGAUAACAAAGUUUAAUAGUCAAAACAAAGAAUUGAGAUUUGGUACUUUUGUCUUUGGUCCUGUGGUAAUGCGUACCUUUUACUAUCUUGAUGAACCAGAUCUUGCGCUCACUGCUUUCAAAGAUUCUGAGUUUGAAAAUUUCUUUGAUCAAAUGAUUAGCUACCAGAUUCUCUUAUCUCUGCUAUAUAAGCAUGGAAGGUACACAGAAAUGAGAGAUGUGUACGACAUAAUUAAAACUAAAAAUCUAGAUUCUGGUGGAUAUCCAAGGAAUUCUUUGAUAUUAGUUAUGGCUGCUUGUUACAAAGAGAAUACACCAGAAACAUUGCAAUAUGCCCUAAAUCUCUGGAGGGAAAUAAACGACAAAGGAUUUAUAUUUAUGCGUAGAGCCAGUACAUUUUUAACAGCUCUAGCCAUUAAUCAAAAUUCAUCUCACAUAGCUAUAGAAAUUUUAACUGCGAUAAGAGAAUCCCGAUAUAUCGAUGUAAGAUGUUUGAAAGUUUUGGCAUUUACAGACUUGAAGAGAUUUACUGAAAUAGUGCCAAUCUUCAGAAGAUCGUUAGAGUUUGAUAACCCAAAUACUCAGAAAGAAAAAUACUUCAGAGAUGUAAUUGAAAAGUUGGAGGAGGCUAUGGCGAAGGAGAAUAUUCCUGAGGACUUUGAACUUUACAAAUUGAUUGCUCUGUUGAAAAACAACGAUCAUAUCUUGCUUGAUACCUUGGAAGAUCAUAUCGUCUCCGAAAUAUCUGUUGAUCCAGUGAAACGUGCUCAAAGGCGGUUGAACGCUUUUCAAUCUAAUAUUCAAUCUGCUUCACAACGGCAGCGAUCGUUCUCACGUAAUAGACCAGUAUUGCGAGAUCUUUUGUAAGUGUGCUCCAAAGUUGUAGAAUGUGUUUCGUGUAACCCAAUAAUUAUUAGUUUGGGUAAAAUUAAGAUUAAACCGAUGAAUAAAUAAAUAAUCUAUAUCGAUCGACAAUGGACUAAAUCGCAUUUGUUUUUAUUUAAAUAUGAUUUUCUUAAUCACAAAAUAUUGUUUUUAUUUAGUAAAUAUACUUACUUUAGUAAAAACAUUUGCAAUUUCAUCCAUCAUCGGUCAAUAUGGGUCAAUAUA